GACAGACAGCCUCCCGGUUCACAUCACAACACACGGCGUCCUGUAGGGGGAUGGGGGGCACCUAGCCCGCCAGUUCACAAACUAACCCGAUUUCCUAGAAGCGGAGAGGGCUAACGGCAAGAUGGUAUCGUGGAUAAUUUCAAGGAUAGUUGUCCUUGCCUUUGGGACACUCUACCCAGCAUACUCCUCGUACAAGGCAGUCAAAACGAAGAAUGUGAAGGAAUAUGUGAAGUGGAUGAUGUACUGGAUAGUAUUUGCGUUGUUCACUACAGCAGAGACGGCCACAGACCUGCUCCUAUCAUGGUUUCCAUUUUACUUCGAGCUGAAAAUUGCCUUUGUGAUCUGGCUCCUGUCCCCAUACACAAAGGGCUCCAGCGUCCUGUACCGCAAAUUUGUCCACCCAACCCUGUCCAACAAAGAGAAGGAGAUAGAUGAGUACAUAGCACAGGCCAAAGACAGGAGUUACGAGACCAUGAUGCGGUUUGGGAAGAGGGGUCUCAAUCUGGCUGCUAAUGCUGCUGUCACCGCAGCAACCAAGGGACAGGGAGUGCUGUCAGACAAGCUGCGGAGUUUCAGCAUGCAGGACCUGACUCUUAUCAAUGCUGAGGACGACAUGGUUCUGCGCACUUCAGAUACUCGCAUGCGACGGGACCCAAUGGAUGAGAUGGGCUCAGGGGCCAGCACGCUUCCCCGGACCAAGAGCACUGCAGCACGACAGACUCGCUCUUUGGCAGCCACAUCCCUCGCUGACGAAACCUCAUCCCAACACAGUUCUGACCUAUCAGACACAAGGACUGAACACUCUGACGAAGAUGCGGGAGAUAAAGCCCCCAAGCGCGCUACCAGCGUCAAGGCAACCAAGAAACCUGUUGCUGCUAAGACAGAGACUCAAACCAAGACAGUGAAGAAGCCAGCAAAGAAAAAGACCACGACGACUAAUGCAGAGACGCCACCAUGAGGCCUGCGGUCCACAUCCACUGGCCUACACUCUCUCCACCCACAGCCUGCAGACCUUCUUCUUCUGUUUGGUCUUCACACAAACACACAGACACUAUCAUUAUAUCAAGCAACCAAAUUGCGUCACUGUUGC